UUAGUCUUUUGAACAACAUCGUUCAAUGCAGUCUAACGAACAUAACAUUAGCUUAUGGAUUCUUUCACUGCUUAUUCUAAGUGUCUCCGGUUUGAAUAUAUGGCGUGGCGAAGAGAAACGUUUUUAUUAUGUAUAUGGUGGCAAAUUGGCAGAGCUUAAUGAGUUCCGUCCGACAGCUCAACUUGGUUUUCGUCAAACUGCCAUGGACGAAACUACAUGGUUCUGUGGUGGAGUAUAUAUAGCUCCUCUGGCGAUUUUAACGGCUGCCCACUGUUUUUAUUCGGAAGAGGGAGCAGUUAAUGUUGUGCGAUUGAAUGACAGGGGAAAUGCUUAUGAAGUUCUUGAAACAAAGGAACAUCCGAACUUUCGGUUCCCCGUUCUGUACAACGACAUUGGGAUUGUCCGACUGCGCAAAGAUUUACCUGAUACCCCAUUCGUUUAUCCCGCUUGUCUGCCAUUUAUCAAUGGAGGCAUGUUUGAUUACUUUACCGCCGUUGGAUGGGGACAGACGGAGGCUACCGCCCUCCUACAGCCCAGGGAACUGAUUAAAGUGGAGCUUCAGAACUUUGAAGAUAGAUGUCCAAGCAUAUAUGAACCUAGCGAUCAACUACCGGAGGGAUAUAAGAAUGAGUCACAGUUGUGUGUCGGAUCUGCGGACCACAAGGACACCUGCUACGGAGACUCGGGAGGUCCUCUUCUUACCAACCAAUUCGAAAUGAAUUGCCGCUAUCAAGUUGUGGGGAUCACAUCAGUAGGGAUCGCCUGUGGUAUUCCGAACGUUCCCAGUGUUUACACGAGGGUUCAUUUUUUUCUAGAUUGGAUACAAAAAGAAUUGAGUGAGGAGCUAUUGCAAGCAGCAAUAUCAGCUAUUAGCCAUCAUUACCAUUCUCGACACGACCUUAGUAAGUAUUGAGCAGAACAA